AUGUCUACCGACGCCGAGACCACUGCGCCUGAGUCGCAAUUCCAGAAUAUUGGAGAUAUCGUUCAAAACGACGAAACCGGCGUUAUGGAGGUGGAAUCCUUGUGCAUGAACUGCCAUGAGAAUGGAGUUACACGACUCUUGCUCUUGCGAGUUCCCUUCUUCCGAGACAUCAUCGUUGAGAGCUUCUAUUGCGAGCACUGCAACUUUAGCAACAACGGUGUCAAGACAGCUGGUGAGAUUCAGGAGCAAGGAUGCAAAUACACUUUGGAAGUCGAGAACGAGGAGGAUCUUCAACGUCAGGUCAUUCGCAGCGAUAUUUCCAUCUUUAAGGUUGAAUCUUUGGGUAUCGAGAUGCCCAAGGGUGAGAGCCAGCUCACCAAUAUUGAGGGUGUGAUUCAACGCAUUCACGAGAACCUGUCGAGCGAACAGCCCCUUCGCAAGACUCAAGCCCCCGAGCUUUACGAAGCCCUCGAGCCCCUCAUUGUCAAACUCCAGGAAAUUAUGGAUCGUAAGGGUUUCCCAUUCACCAUAUCACUCGAAGAUCCCACUGGAAACUCCUACAUUGCCCCGAUCCUCCAUGAUGGAAAGAAAUACCGCCGUGCACACUAUUAUCGCACUCACGAGCAGAACGAGGAACUGGGUAUUACCGGUGAUCCCGAGGCUGCCCAGCUUGAGAGUGUGGCUCAGGCCGAGUCUGGAAACCCCGAGGACUUGGAUAUUGUUAACGGCAAGGUCUACGCCCUUCCUGCAGAGUGCCCUGGGUGCACCAAGCCAUGCACAGUCCAUGUGCAGCGAGUGGAUAUUCCUUACUUCAAGGAAGUUUACCUUUGGUCCAACGUCUGUGAGCACUGUGGUCUCAAGAGCAGCGAUGUACGCACUGGUGGUGAAGUCCCAGAGAAGGGCAAGCGGAUUACUCUUGAGGUCAAGGAGGUCGUCGACCUUUCUCGCGAUAUCUUGAAGUCCGAUACCUGCGCUGUGCAGAGUGACGAGCUCGAACUCUCUGUCAUGCCCGGUACCCUGGGAGGCAAGUUCUCUACUGUUGAGGGUUUGUUGUCAGAGAUUAAGGAACAGCUCCAUGGUCAAAUCUUCGAUAUUGCAGGUGCCGACAGUGGUGAUAGUUUGCAAACCUCAGAAAAGGAUAAAUGGACUCGCUUCUUCGAUAAACUGGAUGCUGCCAUUGCCGGAGAUUUGAAGUUCACCAUUACCCUGGAGGACCCAAUGGGCAACAGUUAUGUCCAGGAUCUUUGCGCACCUGCGGCUGACCCACAGCUGCACAUUGAGGAAUACACUCGCACCAAGGAGGAGGAGGACGAUCUUGGUCUGACUGACAUGAAGACUGAGGGAUACGAGGAGGACGCCGCAAUUGAGGCCGCCGAGAGAAAGGCUGCCAAUGAGGAGGAGGAGGAGCGGAAGGAAUAG